AUGUGGACCGGUGCUCCAGCUUCAUCAGGCUUCGGCGUCGACUGGAGGAGCGACGACCUGGCACCAAGCCCUUUCCCUUCCUCCUGGUUCCCACGGACGGACGGGACCGACAGGAGGCAUCUCCUCGCUCGCUCCGCGGAUCUGCUACCCUCCUCCGCCGCCCUCCCCAUGGAGGAAGCCAAGGCCGUGCAAGAUAGGGAGCACAAGUUCUUAUCGAUAGCGGUAGAAGAAGCUUACCGAGCAGUCGACCGUGGCCACGGACGGCCAUUUGGCGCAGUUGUAGUCCGCAACGACGAAGUAGUGGUCAGUUGUCAUAACAUGGUUGUGAAGAACACUGAUGCAACCGCCCAUGCUGAAGUAACUGCAAUUAGAGAGGCUUGCAAGAAGCUUGGGAAGAUCGACUUGUCGGACUGCGAAAUGUAUGCUUCCUGCGAACCUUGUCCGAUGUGUUUCGGCGCCGUUCGUCUAUCCCGGAUCAAGAGGCUGGUGUAUGGAGCCACGGCAGAAGCUGCUAUUGCCCUGGGAAGCUGCUACCAGAACGCCAACCUGGAGAUAAAGCGAGCGGAUGGGGAUGGAGCCCUGCUUGCUGAACAAGUCUUUGUGAACACCAAGGGCAAAUUUCAAAUGUACUAA